AUGUGGAGUUUGCACGUUGCUCCCUCUCACUGCGGGGACUGUGUUCCACGUUGCUGCCUCUGCUCUGCAGGCUCGCUGCGGGUUCUGGUGAGGGGCAGCUGGCAGAUGUUGUGGUGCCGGCUCGACGGGCCGCUGCUGCUGAUGUACGGGGCACCCAGAGGCAGCGGCGCGCUGCAACACUCCAUCGACCUGCGAGGCUGCACGCUGCGGGCACACACAUGCAGCCUGAGCAUCGCCCGUCAGGACAGGGAACUGGCACUGCUGCAGGCCGUCUCGCUGGAGGAGAGGGGGCGCUGGCUGCGGCUGCUCUCGGCAGCGGGUGGAGCUGAUGCAGACCCCGACCCGGACCCGGACCCGGACCAUGCCUACGAGGACCCGUCCCUUGCAACCGGAGCAUGGAAUGGUGCCGGCAAUGGACCCGUCAGUGGGUUGCUGCAGCGGAGAGUCACAACACCCAACGCCUACAUGGAUGACCCGUUUGGCCAAGUGUCCGUCCAGCCUACCCCAGGGGACGGAGACAGAGACAGAGACAGUGACAGAGACGGUGACGGCAGCCCUUCACCCCCACAGCAGAGGCUGGCUCUGCCCAACCAGCAGCUGGGAGACCAAGAAGGCACCAGAUUUGCGGAGAAUUACCAGCGCAACACCAACAGCAGCCAGGGGGCGAGGUACAACACCCUGCCCAGUGCCAGAUUUCUAACAUCUUGGGGUGAAUUGGAAAGGAAAGCACCUGAAGGUGAAAGGGCAGCUGCCCGGGACCAAUCCACACAGACAGACAAGAAAGACUUCAAAGCAGCGAUGGAUCCAUUGCCUGAACGGAAGGCGUUGCCACGUCUGGAGGAGAAGAUGCGUCGCCUGGAGCAGGCGGUGCUCCGGGCCAAGGAGAGGGUGAAGUCCGGCUCCGAGCUCAACCUGCUCUCGCUCAGCAAGACCUUCAAACGCGCCUCCUGUGGGCACAGCCUGGCGCUGUUCUCCUCCAGCUCUGAGACGGCCGACCCAGAGGUUGGUGCCCGGUGAGGUGAAGUUUGGUCAUCCCCGGUGUGGUGAGGUACCAAGUGAGGUGCCAGUGUGGUGAGGAUGUGCCCAGUGUGGAGAGUGCCACACGGUGCCCGUGUCGAUACAAGUCUGCACCGCACCACUCACUCACUGGUCCAUGUCACUCACUGAUCCUUUACCUCAGUGCCAAUGCCUUGCAUCGCCCCCCUGCACCACUGCCCUGCACCCUUCCCCUGCACCACUGCCCUGCAUCCCUCCCUUGUGCCGCUCCCCUGCAGGACCCCUUGCACUGGGGGAGCUGUGCUGGACCAACGUGGGGUGUCUGGCAUCGGAGGGUGUUGUGGGUGGUAUACAUGGUGAGCGGAGGCUCCAGAAACCUGGGAUCAUCUGUGUGGAGUUUGCACGUUCUCCCCGUGACCGCGUGGGUUUCCUCCGGGUGCCCCGGUUUCCUCCCACAUCCCUGUAGGUUCAGCGGCUUCUGUAAAAUGCCCCCUAGUGUGAUCAGUCUCAGCCUCGAGGCACGGAGGCGCAGAGCGUAAAGGUCAUACAUCACAGAUGCAGGCCCUUCGGCCCACCCUGCCCAUGCUGACCAUCAGUACAUCUACGCUGAACCUUUUUACCAACAUGUGGUCGGUGGCCUGCUCUGCCUCAGUGAGUUGCUGCUGUCCACACCCCGAUUAAACAUUAUGAGAGUCUCUGCCUCCACCCAGACUGAACAUUACAACCACCCUCCGUCCUAAAAUAAUCUUCCUUAGAUCCCCUCGAAACCUUUCCCAUUGCCCACCCUCUGAUUAUAACGCCUCUUUCACGAGCAAGGAGCCUUACUAUCUACUCCACGGUGCUUUAUAUAGUUUUGUACUCUCUGUCAGGCCCCACCGCUCCUCGGAGCACAGACCCAGCCAAUCUCUCAUUAGGGAAGUCCCAUCCCUGUCAACAUCCUGGUGAAAACAGGACACGGAGUGCUGGGGGAACUCAGCGAGCCAGGCCACAUCGCUGGAGAACAUUGAGAGGUGACGUUUCAGGUUGGGACCAUUCUUCACACUGAUUGUGCUGGAGGAAGAAAACUGGAUGUGGGGUGAAGGUGUGACAGCACCUGGUGAGUGAUAGGUGGAUACAGGUGAGGGGGGAUAUUGAUUGGCAGACGUUUGGACAAAGGGCACAGAUGGAAAGAUAAAACGUGUGAGGUAAGGAUGAAAGAGUGGAUUGUGAAGCCAGAGGAAGGAAUGUGGAUGAAAAAGGAUAAAAAACUGUCCAGUCCUUCUCCCGCUCUCUUCCCUAUUA